AUGCCGCGCCCACCCAAGAACAAGCCCAUCGCUGAGCCAGUGGUUCCGGUCAUUGCGGCGCCCAGCGUCCCCGUCGCCGUCGCCCCCGCAGCGCACAACUUCAAGGCUCCCCCGGUCAUCGAUGUUGACCAGUUCAUCCGCCAACAACACCAUGCCUGCACGUCCCCCCGGAGCCACUUCAAGAGCGCCCCGCAGCCUCAAGACGUCACCAUCGGCCAUUGUGUGCCUGGCGUCUACCAAAGGCUCCAGACAAUCCAGGAUCUGAUUAGGAGUUUCUCCCAGGAUUAUCUUCGCCAGACUAACCUCCUCAUUGGCGAGGGGACCAACCUUGAGAAUGGCGCAGAGUUGGACCGCAUCGCCGGGUCCCUAAACAACAUGAUUCCGGUCACUUUUGCGCCUCCGCAACCUCCGGUCGAAGAGAAGAAGGAGCGUAAGAAGCGUACGCAUGACCCCAACGCGCCCAAGCGCCCUUUGACCCCCUAUUUCCUGUACAUGCAAACCGCCCGCCCCAUCAUCGCCAAUGAUCUGGGCGACCAGGUUCCCAAGGGGGCCGUUCAGGACGAGGGCCAGCGCCGGUGGUCCGUCAUGACCCCAGCCGAGAAGCUCGGCUGGAACCAGGCUUACCAGUACAACCUCCGUCUCUACAACGCGCGGGUCCACUCUUACAAGAACGGAAACCCGAACGCUAAGGAGAUGAGUGAUGACGACGCUCGCAUCUACGCCGACCAGUUCAGCAUCGGUAUGCCACCCAUCGCUCAAGCCGAGGAGGUACCGGCCAACGAGCAGGAGGCUGUCACCGAGCAGCUGCAGAGGGACGCCGUCCCGGAGCCUGAGCCGUCGGAGCCGUCUGAGGAGGAGCCCGCCGCGCCCGUGGCCAAGACCCCGAAGAAGGCGCCAGCUCGCAAGCGGAAGAGCACAGCGGCUGCCACCCCGGUGGCUGCUGAGAUCGAACCCCCCAAGCCGGUGGCCGCCACCCCAGCCAGCCCCGAGGUCAAGAAGCGGAAGCGGGCUUCCAAGGCAGCGGAGCAGGUCGUCGAGGAGCCUAAGAAGUCUGGCCGUAAGAAGGCCAAGAGCGGUUAG